GGAUCAAUCAGUUUACCUUUUCCACGUUAUCUAAUCGGAUGCGAGUUUGUGAACGUCUUUUGCAUAUGCAAAUUAUCUUUAAGAACUGUGCAGUACUUGUUAGUUAUUACAACUAUUCAAGAAUAUAUGUCAAGUUUGAACGUGUUUUAUCCAUCAAGAAGAAAAGAUGUGAGCUCCAUUUUGCAAUCAAAGUGAUCAAAGAAUGCCAAUCAAACAACUUGGAGCUACCUCAAAUCGAGCUAAGCCAAAAAUAACCCGUUAGAAUUGUUGCUGGAUUCGGGAAAAAACAGCCACUCUUCGGAGGCUCCAAACUCCAGACUUUCACCGUGUCAACGCGAGACUGCUAAUGGUCUUAGGCAGAUUCAGUGCAGCAGAGCCCACAAGAAAGGCUGAAAAGAAAAUAAACAAAGUGAAAACACAGUCGCACGCGACCUCAAAUGGAAGAAUCAGGUGUCUGAAUACCUGACCACAAAAAUAUUUGCAUACGCAGCAAAUCUGUGACAGUGAGUGUCGUGGCAAGGUACACAGCAACGAUACGAUGCUCCGGCGUACGUGUUGACGGCUCAACGGUACAGAUGGAAGUGAUGGAACUUCGGAUUCAACGAUCCACGAACGGCGCGCUAGGCUGUAAUGUGAUAACGAGGCCUCAAUCAGUGUGGCCGUGCGGUCAUAGGCAACAAUUUUGUUACGCUCGCAAUUUAGCAAUGCCCUGCGACCGGACCAGAUUUUGCACCAUUACGAACGAUCGAAGCCAACGUUGGCCGUAACUAGUAGAUUCGCGAGACCUUGGACACUGCACAAACUAGGCAAAGUUCGAAUGCAGAAAGCUAUAGAUAGGAGAAAGGGAAGAAAAAAAGUAAACCACAAUUUGUCUUCUAUCGGGCUGUGGCAGUGCAGUUCACACGUGGACCGUGGACAAAUAUUGGCCAGCAGGCUUUACUCGAUCCGGUCCGGUUGCAGCAGUCUGAUGCAUUCCCAGAAUCCCCCGUGUCUACAUGGAGAUUAAUUAGCUUCGGUCCGUCCGGGUCCCGGAGAGAAGAGCCCAGGAAAGCUCAACACGACACAUACCGCAUGCAUUCUAAUGUACAGGCGACGCAUAACGUUUGGGGGAUCUGUAUCGUUCGGCAAAUCUUUGGCCGGAAUUGUCGUCGUCAUUAGCUUCCGGAGGUGUGAAAUACAUUCCUCUACGGCAGAGACGCGUCCAAACAUCCCGAAGCGGAAGUGUGGAGGACGGGCGUGCAGCAGAUGCACGGAAUGAUAACCAACCAAACCAAACCAAACCAACUCCCGAACCGCUGCACUGGAAGUCAACCAAAACAUUCGAAGACACAGCGAGAGAUAGAGAUAGAGGGAGUGGGUCUAAGUCAUAUGUAGAACUACUGCAAUAAUCGUAAAAUGGUUCACUCCUGCUGUUGCGGUGGAGGCGGUAGAACAACAAACGGCGACAUGAGUUCACGGUACGGCAGUUCUCCGUAUGGCCCGGAUGGCGGAAAUGUUACAGAAAAACAUUACGGCUGCUACAAAGUGGGAAUCCUAUUUUCCAUCAUCAUUAUCCUGUUGCUGCUGCUCGGUUGUGUACCGAUAUUUUUCCUCACCCACGAUAACAACUUGAUCCUGUUGAUCCUGCUGGUGACGCUGAUAUUGAUCGGCAUUAUCACCUAUGCCUAUUUCCGGUGGCAGCAUCGGAAGGCGCAGCAAAUGCGACGCAGCUGCGAGGAGCAAAAAAUGAAUCUCACGAGAGUUGGGCAACCACAUGCUGGCAGACCCAAUAAUGGAGCGAUCAAACAGAAUCCGACAGAUGCUUCUCAAAAAGUUGGAAUAUCUAAUGGAAACAAUACAACCGUAGGUAGUCCUCCGCGAUAUUCAUUUAUUUGAUUAAAAGAAAUGUUCAAGUGAAUGUAUUUGUUAUAAUUCGAGAAUGAUAUUAUUCUUUAAAUAAGAAAUUGUAUGUUAUGUACUGUAGUGCAAAAGAUAUUGGAUAAAAUAUAUUAUUAUAAUGAUUA